UGAAGCAUCCUCUGCCUGACAGGUUUGCUCACACUCACCCAUGCCUUCCCUCAGUCCCUCUCAUCUCGCUUAGGUUCCAUCUCUUGUGACACAGUGACAUCAACUUGGGAAGAGGCCGCACUGGGCAUGGUCCUGGGAAGGGCUCACACCCAGACAUGGAUGGAGACGGGGUGAGGGUCCCAUGGUGUCAGUGCUGUUGGGCAGCAGGGAUUGUUCAGGGGCCACAUCUGGAUGCACUGUCAGCUCUCUGUGAACCAGGAUUGGAGCAGCUGCCAAUGGAAGUCAUGUAUUCAUGUGCACAAAGGUCUAUUGACAUUCAGGGACGUGGCCAUAGAAUUCUCUCAGGAGGAGUGGAAAUGCCUGGACCCUGCUCAGAGGACUUUAUACAGGGACGUGAUGCUGGAGAAUUAUAGGAACCUGGUCUCCCUGGAUAUCUCUUCCAAAUGCAUGAUGAAGGAGUUCUCAUCAACAGCACAGGGCAAUACAGAAGUGAUCCACACAGGGACAUUGCAAAGACAUGAACGUCAUCACAUUGGAGAUUUUUGCUUCCAGGAAAUGGAGAAAGAUAUUCAUGAUUUUGAGUUUCAGUGGAAAGAAGAUGAAAGAAAUAGCCAUGAAGCACCCAUGACAGAAAUCAAACAGUUGACAGGUAGUACAAACCGACAUGAUCAAAGGCAUGCUGGAAACAAGCCUAUUAAAGAUCAGCUUGGAUCAAGCUUUCAUUCGCAUCUGCCUGAACUCCACGUAUAUCAGACCGAAGGGAAAAUUGGUAAUCAAGUUGAGAAGUCUAUCAAUAGUGCUUCGUUGGUUUCAACAUCCCAAAGAAUUUCUUGUAGGCCUAAAACCCACAUUUCUAAUAACUAUGGGAAUAAUUUCCUGAAUUCUUCAUUACUCACACAAAAGCAGGAAGUACACAUGAGAGAAAAAUCUUUCCAAUGUAAUGAGAGUGGCAAAGCCUUUAGUUAUAGCUCAGUCUUAAGGAAACAUCAGAUAAUCCAUUUAGGAGCGAAACAAUAUAAAUGUGAUGUGUGUGGCAAGGUCUUUAAUCAAAAGCGAUACCUUGCAUGUCAUCGUAGAUGUCACACUGGCAAGAAACCUUACAAGCGUAAUGAUUGUGGCAAGACCUUCAGUCAGGAGUUAACCCUUACAUGCCAUCAUAGACUUCAUACUGGAGAGAAACAUUACAAGUGCAGUGAGUGUGGCAAGACCUUCAGUCGAAAUUCAGCCCUUGUAAUUCAUAAGGCAGUUCAUACUGGAGAGAAAUCUUACAAGUGUAAUGAAUGUGGCAAGACCUUCAGUCAAACGUCAUACCUUGUAUACCAUCGUAGACUUCAUACUGGAGAGAAACCUUACAAAUGUGAAGAAUGUGACAAAGCUUUCAGUUUCAAAUCAAACCUUGAAAGACAUAGGAAAAUUCAUACUGGAGAGAAACCUUACAAGUGUAAUGAGUGCAGCAGGACCUUUAGUCGGAAGUCAUCCCUUACACGCCAUCGUAGACUUCAUACUGGAGAGAAACCUUAUAAGUGUAAUGAUUGUGGCAAGACCUUCAGUCAGAUGUCAUCCCUUGUAUACCAUCGUAGACUUCAUACUGGAGAGAAACCUUACAAAUGUGAAGAAUGUGAUGAAGCUUUCAGUUUCAAAUCGAACCUUGAAAGACAUAGGAGAAUUCACACUGGAGAGAAACCAUACAAGUGUAAUGAGUGUGGCAAGGCCUUUAGUCAGACAUCAUCCCUUGUAUACCAUCGUAGACUUCAUACUGGAGAGAAACCUUACAAAUGUGAAGAAUGUGAUGAAGCUUUCAGUUUCAAAUCAAACCUUGAAAGACAUAGGAUAAUUCAUACUGGAGAGAAACUUUACAAGUGUAAUGAGUGUGGCAAGACCUUUAGUCGGAAGUCAUCCCUUACACGCCAUCGUAGACUUCAUACUGGAGAGAAACCUUACCAGUGUAAUGAGUGUGGCAAAGCCUUUCGUGGGCAGUCAGCACUUAUUUACCAUCAAGCAAUCCAUGGUAUAGGGAAACUUUACAAAUGUAAUGAUUGUCACCAAGUCUUUAGUAAUGCUACAACCAUUGCAAAUCAUUGGAGAAUCCAUAAUGAAGAGAGAUCGUACAAGUGUAAUAGAUGUGGCAAAUUUUUCAGACAUCGUUCAUACCUUGCAGUUCAUUGGCGAACUCAUAGUGGAGAGAAACCUUACAAAUGUGAAGAAUGUGAUGAAGCUUUCAGUUUCAAAUCAAACCUUCAAAGACAUAGGAGAAUUCAUACUGGAGAGAAACCUUACAGGUGUAAUGAAUGUGGCAAGACCUUUAGUCGGAAGUCAUACCUUACAUGCCAUCGUAGACUUCAUACUGGAGAGAAACCUUACAAGUGUAAUGAGUGUGGCAAGACCUUCGGUCGAAAUUCAGCCCUUAUAAUUCACAAGGCAAUUCAUACUGGAGAGAAACCUUACAAGUGUAAUGAGUGUGGCAAGGCCUUCAGUCAGAAGUCAUCCCUUACAUGCCAUCUUAGACUUCAUACUGGAGAGAAACCUUACAAAUGUGAAGAAUGUGACAAAGUUUUCAGUCGCAAAUCAAGCCUUGAAAAACACAGGAGAAUUCAUACUGGAGAGAAACCAUACAAAUGUAAGGUUUGUGACAAAGCUUUUGGGCGUGAUUCACACCUGGCACAACAUACUAGAAUUCACACUGGAGAGAAACCUUACAAGUGUAAUGAAUGUGGCAAGAACUUCCGUCACAAUUCAGCCCUUGCAAUUCAUAAGGCAAUUCAUAGUGGAGAGAAACCUUACAAGUGUAAUGAGUGUGGCAAGACCUUCCGUCACAAUUCAGCCCUUGAAAUUCAUAAGGCAAUUCAUACUGGAGAAAAACCUUACAAGUGUAGUGAAUGUGGCAAGGUUUUUAAUCGGAAAGCAAACCUUUCACGUCAUCAUAGACUUCAUACUGGAGAGAAACCUUACAAGUGUAAUAAAUGUGGUAAGGUUUUUAAUCAACAAGCACACCUUGCAUGUCAUCAUAGAAUUCAUACUGGAGAGAAACCUUACAAGUGUAAUGAGUGUGGCAAAACCUUCCGUCACAAUUCAGUCCUUGUAAUUCAUAAGACAAUUCAUACUGGAGAGAAACCUUACAAGUGUAAUGAAUGUGGCAAGGUUUUUAAUCGAAAAGCAAAACUUGCACGUCAUCAUAGAAUUCAUACUGGAAAGAAACAUUAGAAAUAUGAAGAAUGUGACAAAGUUUACAGUUGUAAAUCAAGUCUUGAAAGACAGGAGAAUUCAUACUGGAGAGAAAGCUUACAAAUGUAAGAGUUUGUGACAAGAAUCUUGGGCGUGAUUCACACCUGGCCCAACAAACUAGAAGUCACACUGGAGAGAAACCUUACAAGCGUACUGAGUGUGGCAAAGCCUUUAGUGGGCAGUCAACACUUAUUCACCAUCAGGCAAUCCAUGGUAUAGGGAAACUUUACUAAUGUAAUGAUUAUCACAAAGUCUUCAGUAACACUACAACCAUUUCAAAUCAUUGGAGAAUCCAUAAUGAGAGAUUUUGAAAGUGUAAUAAAUGUGGCAAAUUUUUCAGACGUUGUUCAUACCUUGCAGUUCAUCGGUGAACUCAUGCUGGAGAGAAACCUUACAAAUGUCAUGAUUGUGGCAAGGUCUUCAGUCUAGCUUCAUCUUAUGCAAAACAAGAGAAUUCAUACAGGAGACAAACUUCACAAGUAUGAUGAUUGCAGCAAAGCCUUUACUUCACGUUCACACCUAAUUAGACAUCAGAGAAUCCAUACUGGACAGAAAUCUUACAAAUGUCAUGAUUGUGGCAAGGUCUUCAGUCUAGCUUCAUCUUAUGCAAAACAAGAGAAUUCAUACAGGAGACAAACUUCACAAGUAUGAUGAUUGCAGCAAAGCCUUUACUUCACGUUCACACCUAAUUAGACAUCAGAGAAUCCAUACUGGACAGAAAUCUUACAAAUGUCAUCAGUGUGGCAAGGUCUUCAGUCUGAGAUCACCCCUUAAGGAACAUCAGAAAAUUCAUUUUUGAGAUGAUUGUUCCAAAUGCAAUGAGUAUAGCAAACCAUCAAGCAUUAAUUGGCAUUAGAGUCAAUUCAGCAUUGACUUGAGUUUGAAUUGACUUAACAUUGAGUUCAAGCAUUAAUUGACAUUAAAGUGUUUAUGUUAAGAAGAUUGGGCCAGGCGGGGUGGCUCACGCCUGUAAUCCCAGCACUUUGGGAGGCCAAGACCAAUAGAUCACUUGAGGUCAGGAGUUUGAGACCAGACUGGCCAACAGACAUGAGUCACUUUUACCACCCUGUAUUUUGUUUCUUUAAUAAAAACUGUUACGGGUUUUUAUGGGUAUCUGUUGAAUCUAAA